AUGACUCCACGACUCUAUCUCUCGGGCUACUCGUCCUCAAACGAACCUCUACCACCCCUGGCCAUGAUGGAAGACAUUGUCGGCGACUACAAGGACAAGACCGUCACACUGGAGGACUUCAACUUUGUCUCUCCACCCAUCAAGACCGCCUCCAUCCAUCCAUGCCGCCACGCCAGUGUCAUGAAGAUCUUGCUUGACCGUGCCGAUGCCGCUCUGAAGUUGCGUAUCCAAAAGAUGAAGAAUGGUCAAGAAGUUUCCAACCAAGGCAUGGAGGGCUUGGUCGAUCAGACCAGUGGACUGAAGUUGGAUGAGGAGAAGAAGACUGAUGACAAGAGAACCGACGAGAAGAAGAAUGACGAGUGGGAGGUCUUGACUGAUGAUGGCAAGGAUGACGAAGUUGCCAUUCGCGUCGAUCAGUAUCUUGUCGUCUUCCUCAAGUUCAUGGCCAGUGUGACUCCCGGCAUCGAUCACGACAACACCAUGGCCAUGUAG